AUGAGUGUGGGAGCAACAGCGUCAGGCGGCCUGUGGGCUCGGGUGUGGCCCGCCCGAGCUUGGUUCGGGAACUGGGGCAGGCUUGCAGCGGCCGGACGGCGCGGCGCGGCAGCUGGGGCGGCGGGCCGCGGCGAAGGGGCCGGGGCUCACGUGAGGCGGGCGGGGAGAGCUUCAGGCGGCGGCGGCGGCGCUGGUGGUGCGGCACCAGGCCUCGGCCAGGCAUCGGGCCUGGGUUCGGGCUGGGGCGGCUGCAGCUGGCGAGGCGACGACGGCGAACGCUGCGGGGCGGUGGGCGACGGCGGGAUAGGGGCGCCGGGCACGGGGAUGCUGCGGGAGGGUUUCCACAGCGGUGGGCACGCUGGAUUGCGGCUGCGGGACCCGGCUCGCCAAGCUCGGCCUGGCUGCAGCAGGCCGCAGGAGCAAGCAGCGGCAGGCCCGGGACGCGCCGGGUCGGCGGGAGUGGCGGGCACGGUGCGGUCCCGGGGAGAGGUCCGCAGGGGGCGCAGGCCCGGGCCCCACACGAGAGGGAGAGGAGGAGGAAGAAAGGAGAGGAGAGGAGGAAGAAGUGGGUCAGCGGCGGCCGAGGCUCAGCGGCGAGCGGCAGGGGAUGGUGCAGGAGGCAGGGGAAGGGAGAAGAGUCUGCUGGGGCAUAGGGUCUGGGGACUGGCUAGGGUUUAG